CUUACCGGGUACAGUAUUGGAUAGCCGCAUUGCAUAUAAUGGCUUCGUUGUCAUGUGAGGCUGCACUUCAUACUGUAUGGCUUGUAUUAUAAAGUCAUCCCUGCGGGGUUCCUCUUCCUAGUCCGACUUUAUGUGUAGGUUGUAAGCAAUGGACGGUUCUGGUGCAGAAUCUCCUGACAAAGUGACUUCUUCUCCCUGUGCCAUCCAUGUGCUUGUUGGUGUCACCGGCAGUGUGGCAGCUUUGAAGCUGCCCCUUCUAGUGUCUGCACUUCUACAGAUUCCUGGAGUUGAGGUGCAGGUUGUGACCACAGAGAGAGCAAAACAUUUCUACAACAUACAGGAGAUACCUGUACCAAUAUAUAGUGAUGAUGAUGAAUGGAAGAUGUGGAAUCGGCGCUCUGAUCCUGUAUUGCACAUCGAGCUACGCCGCUGGGCAGACCUUAUGAUCCUUGCUCCCCUAGAUGCUAACACUUUGGGGAAAAUUUCCAGUGGGAUUUGUGACAACCUGGUGACCUGUAUAGUUCGUGCAUGGGACUUACAAAAGCCAUUGCUGUUCUGUCCAGCUAUGAACACAUCCAUGUGGGAUCAUCCAAUCACAGCAGAACAGAUUGAACGUCUUUGCAGUUUUGGCUACAUAGAGAUUGCAUGUAUUGAAAAAACACUGAUGUGUGGUGACAAAGGACUUGGCGCUAUGGCGGAGGUCAGUACUAUCAUUGAGAAGGUGCGGGAGGUUCUGUCCAAAAACAAGCUUUAUCAUUGAUGUCACAACCCUGAGUUACGACCACUUUUGUAUCCGUCUUUCUAAUGAUAUUAAGGAGUUAAUAUUGUUGGUAACAUUUCAAACCUAAAUCAAAUAAAUUGUAGUGAUUAUAUAAUUCUAAAAUAAACACGCAGUGAGGGAA